GCCUUUCUGAAAUGACCCUCGGAGGACACCGUCACAUGCAGAAUGUAAACAAAACGUUUUUUAAUCGAUCGUUGGGAUUUGUAGCAUUUUUCUGAUUAAAAUGUCUGCGAUAUGGGAAAUUUCCGAUUCAGAUACUGAGGUCGAUGAAGAAUCAAAAGACGAUUUACAGCGUGACGAAAGUGCUAAAGACUCCGGAGAUCGAAACUUUUCCCCGCCAGGGCACGAUCGGCCGAGUCCAGCAAAAAAACGCCGUUCCAAGGAGGAAAUCGAGGCGGAUAGGGAGAGAGCGUUGCAACGGAGGGAGGCUCGAGAGAAGAAGCGAGCUGCGAAGGAGCGAGAGAAGCAAGAGAAGAGAAAGGAGCAGCAGGAAAGAAAAGAAGCUGCACAACAUCUUAACAGUCUCAAGCCGGAGAAUUAUCUCAAACGCUUAACAGUCUGCAUCGAUUCAGCUCUCCUGCAACAGGGAGGCUGUGACAUCCUGUUAGGCACCCUGUCAUCUUUUGAAUGGAGGUACAGCAUCCAACAGCAGCGCCUUCCAAACAGCAUCACAUGGAUCAGGGAUUUACCUCAGCUGGCUGAGGAUGGCGCUGGAACGGUUGCGGAGGACCAGCUCGUGCAGGUGCUACGUCCAUCUGAAUUCUUAGACAUGGUUACCUCUGUGAAAAAAAUGAUGGACAAUGAGGAAGAACCAGUGGUGGACUCUGUCCUCGGUCCUUUCCUCGAUCGGGACGGUGUAAAGGCGAUCACUCUCUUGGUAACCGAGUCCCAGAUGGAUUACAGGAGACACACAUUAGGGGAAACAAUCCAAUCCAAAUACGGCGGGGGGAAUUUGGACGUAGAGGAGGUUCUCGUGUAUCUGCAGCUUCAUAAGAACAUAUCCGUGGUCUUUGUGAAUGGCUGGCAGGACGUCACUGACCACGUGUGCGCCGUCACCAAGUCCUUGUCCAAACGCCCUUUUAAGCAGCUGACGGAGCAGUCGGAGCUGCCCUUUUGCGUGGACGGCUCGUGGGCCAGCGGGGUGCGGGUGGAGAAGGACGGCUCCGGGCUCAAGCAGGUGUGGAGCAAGCAGAUCCAGCAGCUCAACAGAGUCAGUCAGGCCACGGCUUCCUGUGUGACAGCCGCUUACCCGUCGCCGCAGCUACUGCUGCAGGCUUACAAGGCAUCAGGCUCAGAGGCGGAACGAAAGAAACUGCUGGCCGAUCUGGCAGUGAAGGGCGAAGGCAAAGACAGGCGGGUGGGACCCGAGAUUUCUACUAGAGUUUACCGCUGCCUCACCGCUCAAAACCCGGAACUAGUCCUGGACUGACUUGAAAAUGUUUACAGUACAUCUUGUUACAGCAUUCACUUAAAAACCUGCAGCAGAA